AUGUCGACUAUCACGCUUUCCAAGAUCAUUCCGGCCACCAACGGCCUCCACGAUGGCCAUGUGUCUGAGUUGCCGUCUCACGACCCGCAGAAGAUCAAGGAGGCCAACAAGAAUGCCAUGAACGGCCACACCACCGUGCAGAGCGAGCCCAAGCCCAAAGUGCAAAAUGAGCCCGUUGGUGACUUUAGCUGGGGUCCUUGGACUGUCCAGGAUGUCUUGAUCCCGCCUCAUGCCGGCCGCGGCUUGGUUAAAAAGUACCAUCAACGACGAACCCUGUAUCAGUACGCUGCAAUUUCGCUGUCCGGUCUUUGGGCCUUCUACAACCUCGAUAACACGGCGUAUCGCGCUGCUGCUCUCGGCUCUCUGUUUCCAGGAGCUGGUCUCACCGCAGUGGCCAGCCUGACUUCGAUGGCAGCGUUUCUGCUCACUUUGGUAUUGAUUCCAGUUACCAUCUUCAUCUGGUUUGCCAUGGGCGGCAUCUUCUUCCCUAUCGCGCUAUGGGUGGGAUCUAGCAUUACCGCUGGCUACCUUGCCUCGGAUACCCUGUUUGAAUCCUCCGCUGCUCUGUGGGCCAUCUUUUGCUACUCUGGCAUCUUCUGGCUCAUGAGCAAUGCGCGCUCCCUCAACGCGGCUGGAUAUUCCAAGGCGCAAGAGCGUAACAAGUAUCUUGUCGAAGCCGUCCAGGAGCAGCUUGCUGAUGCUACCCCCGCUCCUGCACCUGGCUCCCGAGAGCUUUCUCUUGAGACCCUCCGACACGUUCAGCACAUGCUUGAGCGCGGCCUCAGUGCUCGUGAUGAUUUUAGCUAUCACGAUGUUAUCGAUCAGUUCCAGACAGGCGCAGUCCGCUAUCAGCUUUAUGGCGUUGUCGAUGUGCUUAGCCUGUAUCAGUGCCAUUAUGCGCCCGGGUUCCACGGCUAUCUCUCUCGGGCGUCGCAGAAUUGCAUCGAAAAGAGUCUGCAGAAGCGGAUCAUGUCAUACUGGAAGUGGGAGUCCAUCUUCGGCAGGUUUACCUUCAGUGACUGGGACCCAAUCAAGAAGGACAACAUUAUGGUCACUGGAUACUUGAGCUCCGCCAUUGGACUUUACGAGCAGGCUUCUGGAGAUCGCCAGUACCACCGCAAGAAUGCACUGGAAUUUGUUAUCGAUGAUGGCAAGCACUACAAGACCAACUAUGAAGGUCUUGCAGAUGCGCUCCACAACAACAUGACCGAGAACCCGUACUGCUUGUAUCCUUGCGAGCCCAACUGGACUUACUCCCUUUGCAAUCUUACCGGAAUGGCUGGCUUGGUUAUCUCUGACCGUAUCCUUGGACGUGAUCUCGGGUCCAAAAUUCGCAAUCGGUUUGAGCGAUCUCUUGAAGAGGAGUUUACCGAGUGCGACGGUCGAAUUCUUCCCAUCCGCAGCGAGUUCACUGGACUAACUCUUCCUGGCCUCUGCGGAACUCUGACUGACUGCAUCAACGCCAUGCUCUUGACUGCCUAUCUCCCCCAUCUCGCGCACCGCAACUGGGCUAUGAUUCGAACCGAGUUCCUCAAGUACGACAGCAAGGGUCAACUGGAGGUCAAGGACCUCAAGGGAGCCGACAAAAUGGAUCCCGGAAACUACCGAGCCGGAGAGGGUCCUCUGCGCGCCUUUAUUGCCGCCACCGCUGCUGAGUUUGGCAACGAGAAGAUCCGCGAGGAGGCUCUUGAUCAGCUUGACAACAUCUACUUCCCGGUUGAAGCCACCAAGACAGGAUCUCUGCGCAACAAGGGUCUCUCGGCUACCACUCAGGUCAUCGCCCUCAUGGCACGCCUUGUCAAGCAGCGCGACUUAGCCAACGCCACUCUACACGGCCCUCCAGAUGAGGCACUCCAGGGUCCCUUGCUGGAGGACGCGGCGUUUCCCGAUGUCCUCGUGGCCAAGGCUUACAGCGUUGAUGGAAAGCAGCUUGACCUUGUGCUUUACAACGGCAAGGAGCCUGGUGUUUUCCGACUCGGUUUCGACCGCUUGAUUCCCCACAAGGAGUACAAGCUCAGCACUGGAGGGUCUGUUGUUGCAAACCAGGCUGGUAAGGCUUACACUGAGGCAAAGAUUAGCGGCCGAACUCAGAUCAUCCUGCAACCUGUCGCUUAA